AAACUGGCAGGCGGCCAUCUACGAUUUGAACGAGAUUGUAAAGUACGACGCCAGCCACUUCGACGCCAGACUGUACAGAGGUAGGUGCUACUUCCAGCUGGGCAAUUGGGCCAGGGCUCUGGAAGACAUCAGUGCCGCAAUCCACUUGAACCCCAAUGACCCCUCCCCCUUCUACUACAGGGCGUGUCUCUUAAGGAAACAAUAUCCCAAGGCAGCUCUGCAAGACUUCAGCGUGUCUCUUCUCCUCGAUGACUCAUACGAUAAUCGCCACUCCUUCCUUCACAGGGGCAUACUCUACAUGGCCCUAGAUAGACACGAGGACGCCUUAGUAGACUUCGCUUCUGUGCUGCAGUUGGACAAGAACCUAGCCUGUGCCCAUUGUAACAUAGGCGUAGUACAUCUUACACGCACAGAGUACUUCGACAGGGCAGUUAAACACUUCUCAGAUGCAGUCAAGAGUGAACCCAACUACACCAGGGCCUACAUUUGCAGGGCACAAGCUUACGAGAAGAUGAAAAACUACAAGCAGGCGCUGUUAGAUUUCACGCGUGCCAUCCACAUGUCUCCGAAUAAUCACCAUCUGUGGGUGUACAGGGGAAAAGUGUUGCUGCUGAUGGGUAGGACGAAAGAAGCGGCGGCCGCGGUGGAGCAAACGAGCAAAGUGGCAGACAUGAAGCAGGUGGCCAUACAACAGCAGUCCAUGAUCUAUGGAUUUCUCAGGGACCAUAACAAGACAGUAGCUGCACUUCAACAGACUGCCCGAAUGAAGCCUACUGGACCAGUUCUGUUUCUUCUGGGAAAAGCACAGAUGAAAGCUGGACUACUACACGAGGCCAUCAAGAACUUCAAUCAGGCACUGGAAGUCAUGCUUCCUUGGCACCACAAGCAGAAAAUGCCCAAGGAGACUGCGGACGUGUACCUCAGUCUGGGCAUGGCUCACUUAGAGGUGGGCCAGAACCAGCAGGCUCUCAAUGCUCUCAACCAGGCCAUCCACAUAAAACCCAAAAACCCAGAGAUAAGAUAA